GCUUUCAAAAUGCAGCGGGAAUUAGUGAGUUUCCCGCUGUCUCCCGCGGUGCGCGUGAAGCUGGUGGCUGCAGGGUUUCAGACUGCCGAGGACAUCCUGGAGGUGAAACCCUCUGAGCUCAGCAAAGAAGUUGGGAUAUCCAAAGAGGAAGCUUUAGAAACUCUACAGAUCGUAAGAAGAGAAUGUCUCGCAGAUAAACCAAGAUGUGCUGGUACUUCCGUGACAGUCAAGAAGUGCACAGCCCUAGAACUUCUUGAACAGGAACACACCCAGGGCUUCAUAAUCACCUUCUGUUCAGCCCUAGAUAACAUUCUCGGGGGUGGAAUACCCCUAACGAAAACGACAGAAGUUUGUGGUGUACCAGGUGUUGGGAAAACACAAUUAUGUAUGCAAUUGGCAGUGGAUGUGCAGAUUCCAGAAUGCUUUGGAGGAGUGGCUGGUGAGGCAGUAUUUAUUGACACAGAGGGAAGUUUUAUGGUUGAUAGAGUGGCAACCCUUGCAACUGCCUGCAUUCAACACCUUCGCCUUAUAGCAGGAGCACACACGGAUGGAGAACAUCAGAAAGCCUUGGAGGAUUUCACUCUUGAAAAUAUUCUUUCCCAUAUUUAUUAUUUCCGUUGUCAUGAUUACACUGAGCUGCUGGCACAAGUCUAUCUCCUUCCAGAUUUCCUUUCAGAUCACUCAAAGGUGAAGUUAAUGAUAAUCGAUGGCAUUGCUUUUCCUUUCCGUCAUGACUUUGAUGAUCUGUCCCUUCGUACACGGUUACUGAAUGGCCUAGCCCAACAAAUGAUCAGCCUCGCAAACAAUCACAGAUUAGCUGUUAUUUUAACAAAUCAGAUGACAACAAAGAUUGAUAAAAGUCAAGCAUUACUUGUUCCUGCAUUAGGGGAAAGCUGGGGGCACGCUGCUACGAUAAGGCUUAUUUUUCAUUGGGAACAAAAGCAAAGAUUUGCAACAUUGUACAAGUCGCCCAGCCAGAAGGAGUCCACAAUUCCAUUUCAGAUCACGCCUCAGGGAUUUCGAGAUGCUGCCAUCACUGCUUCUUCGUCACAGGCAGGAGCGUCUUUGAAUUUCCGGAAACGGUCACGAGAACGAGAGGAAGAGUGCUGACCCAAAACUAAUCUCAGUAUACAGUUAGACUCGCCAUGUGAUAUUCAUUGUAGUACAUAUAAGUUUUUGAUACUCUUUAAAUUUAAACACCUAUUCUUUAAAGUAUAGACACAUUCACUCAUGCCAUGAGUGAAUCAGAAUUAUUUGAUAUGAAUGGGAAAUAGUUACAGACUCUUCUGGGAAAAAUUUUUUUUCUGUAUGCAUAUGCCAUGGUGUACUUGUAGUAAGAGGACAACUUGGGGAGUCAAUUUUCUACUUCCGCUUUCUUUUUUAAUUUAUUUUUAUUUGUAUAGGUGUUUCGUGUGUGUGUGUGUGUGUGUGUGUGUGUGUGUGUUCGUUCACUGUGUGUGUGCUGGUGCCUACAAAAGCCAGAAUAGGUUGAUAGAUCCCCUGGAAUUGAAGUUAAAUGAUACUGAGUCACCAUGAAGGUGCUGGGAACCAGACCCCAGCCUUCUGCAAGAGCCAAAAAUGUUCCCUAAAUCUGAGCAGUGGUGGUGCACGCCUUUAAUCCCAGCACUUGGGAGGCAGAGGCCAGUGGAUCUCUGCGUGUGAGGCCAACCUGGGUUACAGAGUGAAUUCCAGUACAGCCAGGGCUAUAUAAAGAAACCCUGUCACUGAGGGAGAAUCCAGUCUUUUUUUUCUCUACUUACUGUCUCCAUUUGGUUUGGACAAACAAGUCUACCUGGCAGAUGGUGGUUGCAUUUGGAUUUCAUCUUAGAGUUAGAUUGUAUGAUAAAUUAAAAAGAUACAGAUUUUUUUUU